AUGUUAAAACAAAUUUUAAUUUUAAUUUUAUUAAUAAAUAUUCUAUCAUUCACUUUUGUUCAAGGAGAUUGCACAAAAUUCUUGGCUAAAUACUUUCUCACUCCAAAUAUUCCUAGAUUACAAAUGACAGCUAUAAUGAGAAAUGGAAAAGUUUUUUAUAAUGUCCAAGUUGUUUCUCAUUAUAAAUGGUCAGCUUUUCCGGGAUAUCUAACUAAUGGUGAUCCUUGGGGUGUUUUGUUUGCUGACAAGAAUUUGUGUAUCAAUGGAACUACCCAACCUUUUACCAGUGGUAUGACUAGUUUCUAUGAUGCCAAAGGAAUCCUGAUAUAUCCAGACGGUAGAGUUUCAAUCAGUCCACUCUGGAGUCUAGAUGGUGAUAAAACUUACUAUUUCAAUUUGACAUGCUCCCCAACUUCAGAUGUAUACUAUGGCGAAUCUCAAGGAAAUUUUUUCUUUUUCAGUUUUGUCGAUCUUCCCUGUGUUAAAUCAGCUUGCUAA